AUGAAUAGAUUCUUACAAUUAGUAAGAGUAAAGUAUCCAAUUAUUCAAGCACCAAUGUUGGGUGUAACAACACCCGAGAUGGUAGCUGCAGCUGUCAAGUCUGGGUCAUUGGGUUCAUUGCCUUUAGGUGGUGUAUCACCAACAGAUUCAUUAAAGUUGAUUCAACAAACAAAGCAAUUGAUUAAUCAAAAUAAUAAUAAUAAUGAACAUCAACAACCUCAACCAUUCGCAGUCAAUCUAUUCACCUAUACACCUUCAAAAUAUGAAUCAAUUGAUCCCCAUAGAAUCGAUCAAAUGAAGAAUCAUAUUAUUACAAAUACUAUAAAGAUUGAAAAGAAGGAAAUUAAAACAACAGAACAACUAAUCAAUAAUAAUACAAAAUAUUAUGUUGGAGAAGAUCUUGUUGAUGUUAUUAUAGAUCAAGGUAUCAAGAUUGUUAGUUUUACAUUUGGUGUAUUAUCUCUACAAUCGAUCAAGAGACUUCGGGAUGAUGGAUGUGUAUUGAUUGGUACUGCCACUUCGGUUCAAGAAGCACUCUAUUUGGAGAGAUAUGGAGGUGUAGAUAUCAUUUGUGCGCAGGGGUAUGAGGCUGGAGGACAUCGUGGUUCAUUUCUAUCAGUUUCUAAUCCAAACAAUAUUAUUCAAGGUGGAGACUUUGAAUACAAGGAUUUACCAAAGGUUGGAUUAAUGUCACUCCUUGCACAAAUAGUAGAUAAUGUGUCACCUGAUAUUCCAGUGAUUGCCGCUGGUGGUUUGGUUGAUGGUCGGUCAUGUUCUGCUGCAUUUACCUUGGGUGCGUCGGCUGUUCAACUAGGUACAGUAUUAUUAACAUCCAAAGAAUCGAGUGCACAAUACAAAUCGAGUAUCAUCAAGUGUCACCACAAAGAGACUACUACCUCGUUGACAAGAUCAUUUUCGGGAAGAUAUGCACGUGGCAUUCCAAAUAGAUUUAUGGAGGAAAUGGAUAAACCAUCGUCCCCCUCUCCUCUUCCCUACCCAUUCCAACUUAAACUAGUGUCAUCUAUCCGAUCACUUGCCGCCGACAAGACAACCGACAAUACCGAUUAUAUUUCACAAUGGGCUGGUCAAAACAUGUCUAAAUGUGGAACGAAUAAUAAUCAUUCAACCUAUGAUAUAUUAACAAAUAUCAUUACCGAUUUAAAUCUAAAUAAUAAUAAUAAUAAUAAUUCCAAACAAACAACAACAAAAGAUUCGAAUAACCUUGUAUAUUAA